UAAUUUUACCAUCAGUCAUGGGCAUGUGAGGAGUGCUCGAGCUUUCAGCCUCGUUUUAACAUCCAUUUCACAUGUUUGAUUCGCCACUGGAACGGUAGAUGGAUUCGUCCAUAGAGAGCUCCGGUUCAUCGACCGGUAACACGGUGCGCUGCCGUCGUACCUGUAAGAUCAUUGUGAUUGGAGAUGCCGGUGUCGGUAAGACCUGUCUGACUCACCGCUUCUGUACCGGACAGUUUCCCAGCAGAACAGAGGCUACGAUCGGGGUGGAUUUUCGUGAGAAAAUUCUCGAGUUCGAAGGCGAGAAAAUCAAAAUACAGCUCUGGGACACGGCAGGUCAGGAGCGUUUUCGUAAAAGCAUGGUGCAGCACUACUAUCGCAAUGUGCAUGGAAUUGUCUUCGUCUUUGAUGUCACUAACCCGUCUAGUUUCUGCAAUCUUCCCUUGUGGAUGGACGAGUGUCGUCAGCACUCUCUUGGUCUGGAUAUACCCCGUGCCCUCGUUUGCAACAAGACCGAUCUGGUCCCUUCGACGACUGCUUCUGUGUUAAUCGCUCAGGCUCGUCAUUUGGCUGAAGCCCACGGAAUGUCUUUUUAUCUUACUUCAGCAAAAGGUCUCAAAGGGGAACAGGUGGACCACAUCUUUGUGACAUUGGCACAGAGGUUGAAGAGCCAGAGAAGGGAGAAUGUGAACGAAUGUGUCUUACAGUGCAGAUCUGAGAGCUUCAAUAUCCCAGCAAGAGUCGUAACAGCACAAGAGAGCAAGAAGAAAUGGGCCUGCAUCUGCUAAUGGAUGAAACACGAGAGUUAUUUUAGUAUAUCCACUAAAAGAGGCACAGUAAAUAGCAGUAGGUACUUUGGUCAUGUGUCUAUGUGUGAUAGUAUGAAUGCUAGUUUAAUUUGGGUGGAUUUUUAUAGUCCUAUGUCCGUCUUGGUUUGGUAGACAAGGUCUAGGUUACUUCAAACAUUACGGUAUCUUUAUGAAAAAAUGCCUUAUAAUGAAACAAAUAGCAAGACUGAGAUUUGAUUUAAUUUCCAGUUUCUUUGGGGUUUUCCUGACAGCUAGCAAAGUGUUUGUAUGAUUCAGUAAAUUAAUAAAAUUGUCUAAUCUUUUUUUUUUCGUCUUUAUUGUUCUCUUUACAACUUUCUACUCAAAUUUUUGAAUGACUGGGAAGCAGAAAAGAAAGGCGAGGUAU